GAGCACAAUUCCAGACAAAACAGAAAGCUACACACAUAGUACUAUAGAGUAUAGAGCACACAUGGCUCCUCGCGCUCUCUCUUGGAUCAGUGUUUCUCUGCUUAUCUUCUUGGCGUCGUGGUCAUGCGUUGCGGCCAGGGGCUCACGGGCACCCAGAACCGCCGACCCGACCGAUGGGUUCACUGCGGUGAGGCUCAGCGAGAGCAACUUCGCGCUGCAGCGCCCGUUCGACGAGUCUAGCGGCGCACGAUACAGCUUUGAUGGCACCGUGCGGAAGCUGUGGGUGUUCUCUUCCGACGAGCCACAUGCCCGCCAGAGCCAUACCAAACCAAGAACUGAGAUCAGGAUGGCAGGCUACGACUACAGCUCCGGCGUGUGGCAGUUCGAGGGCUACGGGUAUGUCCCUUCCGGCACCACGGGAGUGUGUAUCAUGCAAGUGUUUGGCGCCGGCGAGGCGGCCAGCACGCUAAUGCUGCACGUCUACGAUGGCGCACUGCGGUACUACAACCGGCAGCUCGUCGAGGACGCCAUCUAUGACAGAUGGUUCCGACUGAACGUGGUCCACGACAUCGACGCAUCGACCCUCACCGUGUUCAUCGACGGCGAACAGAAGCUGCAUGUCGACGGCCGCGGCGGCCACUCGCACUACUUCAAGUUUGGCGUGUAUGGGCAGCGCCAGGAGUCCAGCCGCAUGGAGUCGCACUGGAAGGACGUCAAGAUCCUCAAGAAAGAUUAGAAUUAUUUGUGUAUUUAUGUAUAUUGAUGGAGUGACUA